AGAUCCAAUACGUAGGACUCCUCGAUUGGGUGCCUUCGAGACUAAAGAGGCAGCCCAUUGGCUGUGUCCCUUCGUUGCCACCCGACUCUUCCGUCGUCACGCUUUUUCCGAGUUUCCAAAACUUCUUCCAGUCCAACUUUGUAGUAUCUACCGGUCAACUCAUCUCUGCUUCACAAUCCACGAUUUUCACCAUCGUCCUUAGUCUGGUGAGGUUCUCAUUAACAUAGAUACAGUUCAGCGGCGGAAAACAGCUCACUGCGGCCAACACUGCCGCAUUCUACUUCUCCCCGCUAUUGACUCAUCGGGCCUAUUCAACCUUGGCGAAUUUGUCACUGAUCUGGGGCUGGAGCCCAGGCUACGAUGUCCACUAAGCGAGUGGGAGGAGCCUCUGCCAACUCUAUGGCAGCGAAGAGGAUCAAGCGCGAGAUCGCAGACCUGUCAAAAGAGAAUCUAGGCAACAUCACGCUCGUGCCCAACGAGUCCAACAUCUUCGCUUGGAAAGCUACCAUUCCGGGUCCCCAAGGAUCCCCAUACGAGGGAGGUGUGUUCGAAGUGGAUAUACGAAUACCAGAUGAUUAUCCAUUCUCCCCUCCGCAUCUGCAUUUCAUUACCAAGGUGUACCACUGCAAUGUCGCUAGUAGCGGGGCCAUUUGCCUCGACCUUCUCAAGACUGCUUGGUCCCCUGCUCUUUCCCUCUACAAAGUGAUCCUGUCCCUCUCAUCCCUUCUCACCGACCCAAACCCGUCCGAUCCGCUUGUACCUGCCAUCGCCCAGGAAUAUAAGAAAAACAAAGCGAAGCAUGACCAGAACGCCAGAGACUGGGUGAAGCAGUAUGCUCUACCCAAAAAUCCACCUCCACCAACCACCAGCUCAUCCUCAAAACCAAAUCCCAUGCCUGCGCAGCGGCCCCAUCCCAUCUCACGUCCGAACUCAUCAACCUCGGUUCCUCCAGCUCAAGUCGCCGGAACAAGACGAUCGAAUCCAUUUUCCUCAGACGACGGCCAGGAGACUUCCGGUAGGGACACAAGCUUAGCGAACGGCACUGGAUCUGCGAGUGCUGCAAUCAAUCUGGUCGAUAGUGACAGUGAUGGCGAGGCUGGAGGAACGUCUAGUCGUCCGAGGCGAGGGGAACGAGCGCCGAAGAGACCCAGGACAGGUGUGGUAGGGGCUGCUGUUGGUUCCAGCAGGACUCGGGCAACGGCUUCAGACGAUGUGAUCGUCAUUGAUGACUGAGAUGUUUAACUCGCUGCUUUGCGCGAACGAGCAUGAUGAUACCUAGCAUUUUUUCAUGACCCAUGGUACAU